AUGAGCAUCCUACUAACAUUCUUCCUUCUUAUUAUUAGUGCUGGAAUGAACCUCCCACCACCAUCGGUGAUCGAGAAUGCCCAAAGUACGUACCAAAUGGUGCCCGGGAUCAAUAACAUGGCCCGAUUCCCGAAUGGGAGUGACCACAGGCAGCAACCGGUCCAAUCAGUCCAACAAACUCAACAAGUGCCACAGGUGCAGCAAGUACAGCAAAAUUAUAGGCCAUUGAAUGUGAAAGAUGCGCUUUCGUACCUGGAUCAGGUGAAGUUGCAGUUCAGGAACAACACCGAUGUGUACAACAAGUUUCUCGAUAUCAUGAAAGACUUCAAGUCGCAAAGUAUCGACACGCCCGGAGUUAUCGACCGUGUUUCGGCUCUUUUCAAAGGUCAUCCGAAGCUAAUUGACGGAUUCAACACGUUCCUUCCCGAAGGAUUUUCCAUUGAGUGCUCGACGGCCGACCCAAACAUCAUAGUGGUGACUACUCCUUUGGGAAAAAGCAUCCGAGAAAGAACAGGUCCAUCUCGAGGUGCAGCCGGUGCUGCAGCAUAUAGGGCAAUUACUAGUGCCAAUUCCCGCUCAGGUGGCGGCUCUGUGUCAUCUACUGCUUCUUAUGGUAAUCAGCCACAAAUUUCGACACCCCAGCAGGCAGCACUUGCUGCACAGGGAUCUCCAGCAGAGUUUGACCAGGCGAUAAACUACGUGAACAAGAUUAAGCAGCGGUAUGCGAGCCGGCCCGAGAUCUACAAGCAUUUCCUUGAGAACUUGCAGCUAUACCAAAAGGGAAUCAAGCCGAUCUACGAUGUAUAUCGUGAGAUAUCUGAGCUUUUCCACGACUCGCCCGACUUGCUUGAGGAUUUCAAGCUUUUCAUGCCGGAUUCAGCAUCUGCCGAGUCUGUUGCACAGCCUGUAGCACCUGCAGCACCUGUGGCACCUGUUAACGGUGCUGCUCAAGGUUAUGGAUACGUUCAGCUUCCUCCAGUUGGAAGUUUUGCACCUCCGUCUUCUUCAAGUGUUGCAGCAGGUCAAAUUCCUCAAAACGGCUUGAACCAGGCCGAUUCCACGCGCAGAAGGCUCUCUUCUCGAGGAAGUAGGCCGCAAAUGCAGCCUGGGCAGCCGAGGGGUCAGCUUCAGCCGUUUGAUGAGCAUCCUGUGUCCAAUAUGCGGCAUCAGGAAGAGGUUGAUGGCUACGGAGCGAUGGCUGUGCAGAACCAGGUUCAUGCCGAAAAUUUGGCAGAUACCAAUCGGCAGGCAGUAAACGGACAUCCGUUGGUAGUGCCAGAUACACGAGCUCGUGCAUCUUUGCUUCCUGGUGUCCCGGAACCGGUGUAUCCGGAAACUGGUAUAGACACUGAUGUGUCGGACGAAAUCGCGUUUUUCGAAAAGGCCAAGAAGGCCAUCGGGAACAGGCAGACGUACAACGAGUUCCUCAAGUUUCUCCGGUUGUACACAAGCGAUGUGAUAGACAAGGACACGCUUGUGGAAAAGGUGGAGGGCUUCUUGGGCGGAGUUCCGGAGCUUUUCUCGCAGUUUAAGGCCAUUGUUGGCUGGGAGGCCAAGCCUCUCCGUAUCGAAAACAUCGCCAUCAGGAAGCAGUUGAUGGAUUUGGGCAUGCGGACUGCUGCCGGACCUUCUUACCGGCUUCUUCCCAAAUCUCAAACCCACAAGCCAUGCUCUGGUAGAGAUGAGUUGUGCUGGGAGAUAUUCAAUGAUCUGUGGGCAGGCCACCCAGUUUGGGCCUCGGAGGAAUCCGGAUUUAUUGCACAUAGGAAAAAUCAGUACGAGGAGAUCAUGUACAGAAUAGAGGAUGAGAGACACGAGUAUGACUACUACAUGGAGGCGAACUUGAGGACCAUCCAGACUUUGGAGACCAUCGCAAACAGGCUUGCAAAUAUGUCACCCGAGGAAAAGGCGAGAUUCAAGCUUCCAGAAAACUUGGGCCACACCUCCACAACAAUAUACAAGAAGGUGAUCAGGAAGAUUUACGACAAGGACCGGGGCUGGGAGGUUAUCGAUGCACUUAGGGAGAAUCCUGCAGUCGCUGUUCCUGUUGUUUUGAAGAGAUUAAAGCAAAAAGAUGAAGAAUGGAAAAGAGCGCAUCGUGAGUGGAAUAAGGUUUGGAGAGAGGCCGAGCAGAAGAUCUUCUACAAGUCCUUAGACCAUUUGGGCUUGGCUUUCAAGCAGAUCGACAAGAAGUUGUUGACAAACAAGCAGCUUGUCAAUGAGAUCUGUACUGUGAAGCGUGAGCAGACCCAUAAGAGGAUUCAUCCAUUAAUGCCACGUCCAAAAUCGCAGCUUACGUGCCAUUAUGACGAUAUUGACGUUCUGUAUGACUUGCUGCAGCUUGUCUGUAUCUACUUGCAGCAUACGCAGUCCUACUCCGGCUAUGAUAAGUCGCGUUUGUUGGCAUUUAUGCGCUCGUUUGUGGUCCGCUUCUUCUUUUUGGAUGCCAAAGUUGUCGACCAGGCUCUUCGUGACCGCAGAAUUUCCGUUGAUGACAGGGGAAGAUGGAACAGAAGUGCCAACUCGGGAUCAGCCGAUGGUCAUGACUCGUCAGACGUUGAAAUAGAAUCCUCUGGUGAGUCUUCCGGUGAAUCUACAACUUCAACAUUGAGCAACGGCUCUACUUUAUCUCAGACCAGGAAACGGCCUAGAGAGUAUGAUUUGUUAAAGGAUGUUCUCAAGCGCUCAAAGCGUAGCAGGAGAGGUCAUGAUGAUGGUAAUGAGUCCGAGGAAAGCGAUGCCCAGAAGUUGGUUGAUGAAGCACUUCAAAAGGCACAGAGCAGUUGGAUCAACGAAGAGUCUCGAAAGCAUGAUAUAAGCGAUGGUGAGACUGCAGCUCCGGCAGAUACUGAAGCAGCAAGCAGUGUUCAAAGUGCUUCUGAACGUUCAGUUUACAACAUUUUCUGUAACACGCAGAUAUACGUCUUUUUCCGCUUCAUUGAUACUCUCUACAGAAGGCUUCUCGGAGUCAAAAUGAUUGCACCGGCUGCCAAUCGUGAGAUUAAAUCCCGGAAGGAAACAAAGUUUGCAAAGGAUUUGGGUUUGAUAGAUCAUUCGUUAGAGGAGCAAGGUGUGAACAUUAAAGGUGAUGAUUCGUAUCACGAGGCACUCAAUUUGUGUGCAAAGGUGAUUCAGGGCAAAGUCGAGCAGGGAGUGUUUGAAGAAUCUCUCCGCCAAGGUUUCCUCAACAAGGCAUACCGUCUGUUUACCAUCAACAAAGUGAUUCAAGGGCUUCUGAAACAUUGUCAUACGCUCGUCACCGACUCUAAGUGCGGAGAAAUUCUGAUGUUGAUGGAAAAGGAUAGAAACGCUUCGGUCUCAUCUGCAAAAGAUCAGAUGAUGUACAGAAUGCAGGUGAGAACGCACAUGCACUCGGAUGAGAAUAUGUUCAAGAUCUCGUACAGCAAGAAGACUAAAACUGCCGAGAUUGUGUUCCUCGCGGUUGAUGAUUUGACCAUCAAAGACCAGUCUAAGUCGAAAGAGGAAAAAUGGAACUAUUACAUGACUAGUUAUGCCAUGUCGUAUCCAACUGAAGGAAUAGACUCAACCAAGGUGAGAAUGCCAUUCCUUGAGUCCAGUCUGAACGAGGAGAAAGAGGAUGAAAACGAGAUUGAGGGAGUUUCUGACUCGAAGCUCAAGGUGAAGGUGGAUAUCGAUACUUAUCAACUGGUCUUUGAUAAGGGUUCCUACGAUAUGUUUAUCAGAAGCAGCGUGUACUCUAAGAAUAAGCCACUAAAGGAUCUCAAGAAGCUUCGUCUGGAUUCGCUCAGAAAGAAUUUGGAUAGUAUCUUUGAUAAGAAGAGUGAUGAGGAGAAGAAGAAUGCCGAAGAGAAGUUCCAAAGACUUCUAUCCGAAGGUCAAAAGGCCUACGAGGCAUAUGGUAAAACUAAUUAG